AUGUCGAACUCAACAUCGUGGUUUUCCCUCGGUCUAAUCUCAGAUAUUCUCUUAAGGCUACCUCCGAAAUCUAUUGUGAGAAGUCGUUGCGUGUCGAAGCUCUGGUCAUCAAUCACCACCGAUCCAUACUUCACCAACUCGUUCGAAACUCGCUCCUUAGUGCGGCCAAGUCUUCUAAUGUUCUUCAUUAAAAAGGACAAGUUGUUUGUUUUCUCAUUUCCGCAGCACAAUCAGAAUGCGAACGAGCUUCAAUCAUCAUCCUCUCAUCAGCAAGUGGAUAGCUAUCAUAUGAAAUACCCAAAAAACUGUCGCUUCAGCCUCACGGAAUCUGUCCACGGCUUAAUCUGCUUUCAAACAUGUUCACAACCCAUACUUUGGAACCCUAGCAUGAAACAGUUUGUAACCUUACCCAAACCCAACAAGACGUGGAAGGAUAUAAAUGUCUAUUUAGGAUACGAUCCAAUCGAGGGUAAACAUAAAGUAGUGUGCAGGCCGCGUGGUGAAACUUCUGAUGCGUGUCGGGUUUUAACUUUGGGAUCAGCUAAAAGAUCAUGGAGAACGAUCAAAACCAACCAGAAGCAUCGUACAAAGAAAUGCAACGGUGGGUGGCAAUGCAUCAACGGUGUUCUAUAUUAUGCAGCCUCAGUUAAUGAUGAUUCGGAUGUUGGUGGCAUUGUAAUGAGUUUUGAUGUCAGAACUGAAAAGUUUGAUAGAAUAAACUUACCAUCGGAUAGUCUUGGGGAUUGGUUCAUGUUAAUACCUUUUGAGGGAAAGUUAGCUUGUCUUAAUGCAAUGGCCAACGAUGGUAUUACAUUGUGGAUCUUGGAGGAUGCAAAGAAACAUAAGUGGUCACGUAAACAUUUUCUUACACCUUUUGCUCGGAGUUUGAACAAAAUAUACAGAAUUGAUGGUAUCACUGAUGCUGGUGAGUUAAUUUGUGUUCCAAUCACGUUUCUUAGAUCGUUUUUUAUAUUAUAUUUUGAUCCCGUGAGAAACAGUUUGAGAAGAGUCGAGUUUAAGGGAAUCGCGGAUGAUGCAUUUCGGUUCAGUAAUGGACUUGGAAACAAACGUCUUGGAGACAACCAUCCGUCAUGGCUCUAUACUUUCCCCAAUCACAUCGACACUCUCUUGUCUUUGUAA